GCCGAGGCACAGAACAAGCACUAUCAUAAUUAAAGUUUACAGUGGUCAUGGGUCGUAAAAUAGGUAUUCCGUCCCCUACAUGAACCGGAAUUCUCGUCUGUUGACUUUCAAACUCCGAAAAAUGAACAACCGCGGCGAUCGUCGACGUCGCCUCGCAAAGGCAUGCGAUCAUUGUCGGAAAGGCAAGGUCCGAUGCGACGGAUCCCGGCCAGUUUGUGGACGUUGUCGGGAUUGUGGAAAUGAAUGUCACUAUGCAGAUGUUGACAAGCCCGAUCCACGUCAACGCCGAUCUAGAAUCCCAUCUCGAAACUCGACAGGUCUUUCAAUUGGGAAAGAUACUUUUGACGGAGUCAAUGCUGCCUCGGCGUUGCUGUCAGACUCUGCAGUCGUCCAAACAGUCGCUCUUCCUCAGUUACAUCUUCAAGCCCAUGCAACGGAUACAAGCCCUCGGGAUACGAUAGUUGGUGGCAAUGGAGAUAUACGCUACUUUGGCCCGCCAUCGGGCAUAUCCCUUGUGUCGACGGCCACUCCACGGAAAUCAGGACAGCAUACGCCAGAAUCGUGGUCCAAAUGGACUCAUCCAUCUAUCGAGCCCUUAUUCACAAAACGGGUCAUGAAGCCUCUUCCAUCUUGGACUGAGGCAUUCUCGCUUGUCAGCGAAUUCUUCACUCAUGAACAUCAAGUCUUCCCUUGCUUCAAUGCACCGGCAUUCAUGUGCCUUCUGGGACAACAGUAUUCAGGUGCAUGUACUGAGAGUCCAACGUGGUGGGUCUCGCUCAAUUCUGUUCUCGCAAUUGCACAGCGUCGUCGGGCAGAGGCAGCUCAAUCAGCAGAAGCAGAUGAUCUGGCCUGGGCCUAUGCAUCAAAUGCACUUGCCGGGACAUGGGAUGUCCUCAUGCGCAGUACACAAUUGUCUUCUGUCCAAGCUCUCCUAGCUAUUGCAUGGUUCUUCAUUGGAACACCAAACCCGCAGCCGAGCUUCAUGCUGGUUGGUUGUGCCGUGCGUCUUGCACACUCAAUAGGCAUACAUGUCGAUUCCCAGGAUCCAUCCUUAAGUCCAGGCGAAGCAUACAUGAGAAAGAAGGUCUUUUGGAUCGCGUUGUGUCUAGACCGGGAACUCUGUCUCCGGACUGGAAGACCCCCUUGUCACGACCUCAAUGCUGCCUACGUUGACCCACCAAUGGGUUCCUUGGAUGAAACAGAAGUCAUCAAGACUGUUGAGGGGCUUGAGUUGAACCUCUUCAAAGGGCAGAUGCAGCUGGCUGUGAUCCAAAGCGCCAUUUACCAAGAUCUUCACUCAAGCAAAUCGCCACCGAGUGGCAUUGCAAACUCAGUGGCGGGCUUGCUGCAGAAGCUGGAGAACUGGCGUGCUGAGUUUGCACCAUCUCUCACCCAUGAUUUUGCUGGGAGGUGUGAGCAUCACGGCUUGAUGCGUUUGUACUUUUCCUACUACAAUGCCGUCAUCGUGGUAAACCGCGCGCACAGUCUAACUUAUUGGGUGUCACCGAAUCAUCCCGAAAUGUCAGCCCUGCCUUCAGAGAUGAGAGAUUCCAUAGAGAAUUGUCUCAACGCAUCCCGAUGCAUCAUUGGAUUAACCAAGCUUAUACCAGGCACAUGCAAGAGCUUUCACUGGGAUGUCAUUCCAAUACCUAUGAGCGCUGCUGUUAUUCUCUGCAUUAAGACACUUCGGAAUCCUAUGAAUGAGAUUGCGGGGAAUGACAUGCAUUCAGUUGGUGACGUUCUGCAGAUUUUCAAAACUCUAGAUGAGGCAUACGGGAAUACUUACCUUACUCAAGUCCAAAAGGUUUGCCAAGAGCUAUACAGAAAGGCUCAGUACGCCGUGCAAUCUUCGAAUGAACAAUCGGUUGAGUCUAUACAUGUAGAAAUUCCGGCAUUUCGAGCUUCCUCGAAUGCCAAUCGAGAAGAGAGCCACCAGACGCACCAAGAUGCUAAUAAUAACACGUUUGAGUUCAAUCUGGAUGUCUUGGAGCAGACGAUGCCUUAUCCGGUUCCUAUGCUUUGGGACUUAGAUACAUCACUAUGGACUUCUCUUAUGUAGGCCUAGUUCAAAAGGUAUUUACUGCCAAUAGUAGAAUUACUGUUGUGAAUGAACAGAUCUUGAGUGAUAGAUGGUCAAGG